CGCCGGAAGGUCCCGGCAGGCGCCGCGCUGCCCGUGAUGGCUGCCGAGGGGAGGCCGCCGCGGCUGCCCCGGCACGGCCGGGUGUCCCCCGGGGCGGAGCAGCGCGGCCCCGGCCCGCGGCAGUAGCAGCAGCAGGUGUCAUUUCAGAACUCGCUUGAUUCAAUAUGGCUUUGAUUAGCCGAAAAAGCUUCCAGUUGUAUUCAUCUAGCACACCAGCAAGCAGGUCUGCUUUGAUGACCCUAAGCAAAAGGUUGAACUUCAUCAGUGGGCAGCGAAAACCCCAGAACUGUAGCUCCAUGGCCAAGAGGAUGCUGUAUGUCAAAGAUAAAUCUCAGUAUACGUUUUGUAGGAAAAAACAUGUACAGCUGCAGAUGCAGUCGCUUUCUGUCAAUGAAGCUGUGCAUCUUUGUGGAGAUACGACGAACUGUACUAAAUCUAAUAAUGUAUGGAUGAAUGAACAAUUAUUUUUCAAGAAGUUGAACAGCCUUUGUACAUCAAAAGAGAUUUUUUAUUUUCUUAGCUCUCUAGAAGUCAUGUCUGAUACAAUGGCCUCAGGAGCCCUGCAGAAGAUUUCUGAAGUUGAGGUGGAUGACAAUGGUCUCAAAAACCCUGGACUGGUAGAGAAUGAAGUUUUUAGGGCAUUAUGCUUCCAGUUUGAAUUUGAAUCCUCAAAGCUGUCAAACACGGGGCUGCUGAAUGCCUUGCAGGCUUUGGUAAAGCUACGUAUAGACCCGCAGAGCACGCUGAUGACAAGCCUGCUUUCGGAGAGCGAGGAGCGGCUUGGCAGGGGACAGCUGACUGCUGAAAAUCUGUGUGCUCUCGGAGAGAGUUUGCUUGAGUUAGAAGGCCGAAGUUGUGCGACGCUGGAACAAAUUGUGAACCACAUGCAAGAAAGAAACAUUAAGAGUUGGAGUCCCAGGGAAAUAGUGAUGGUUUAUAAGAUACUGCAAGUGACUGUGAGGGAAGGGAAACAAUGCCAAAGCUUGCUAAACAAACUGAACAGUGUCACUUUAUGUGCAGUUUCCCAACUGAGCCCAAACUUUUUAAGUGUAAUACUGAAUUCACUGGUGGUUCUUCAUCAGACUCGGGCAGUUCUCUUAGUCACUGCACUGUGUAAACAUUCUGUGAAGCAUGUUCCCUAUUUCACAGAUCAUGAACUGGUAAAUGUACUGGAAGCUUUCCUAUACUUUGGGCAAAAAAUGCAAACUUUUACAGAGGCACUGGAAAGACAUGUCCCCAAGUCCAUCCGCACUAUGCAUCCUCAAACGGUCAGCAAGGUCAUGCAGUAUUGCUGCAAAAAAAUGAUCCUUUCAAAGCCCAUCUUUGAUGCAGUGGCAGAAAGUUUCAUUUCUAGUGCUGACAGUCUUACCACUGACCAGAUUGCUGCGUAUAUUAUCCCAUUUGGGACCCUUAACUACCUGCCUCCAAGUGCUUCUUCCUUGUUUAGGAAGCUUGAAACUGUGCUGCAUACCCGCCUGAGGCACUUUCAGCCUCACGCCUUGCUGAACCUGCUACACUCGUGUGUCCUUAUUCAACGUUAUCCAAUAAAUUUCCUGCCAAAAAUAUUUAGUCCCUAUUUUCUGCAAAAGCUUCAAGCUCAGCCACCUGGUUUGAACAGAGUUGUUAUGUCCCAGCUAACCCAGCUUUUUCUGACUGUCACCCUGGAGUGCCCAUUUUAUGAGGGUCCAAAACUCCUUUCUAAGUACCAGGUAAAGGCCUUUCCCACGCCUCAGAGUUCUCCUGAUGUUCACCUCUUUAAAAGGGUGAAGACAGGAUUACUUUAUUUACUGAAAAAAAGAAUAUAUUUUGCAUCAGAGGUAUCAACACCAUAUUUCUAUGUAGUUGAUAUUGAGAUUAAAUUAGAUGAAGAAGGUUUUGUAUUGCCUGCAGCCCAACUUGAAGAGGUACACAGACGAAUCGCCCUGUGUGUUGAUGGUCAAAAUAGAUUUUGUGCUCAUAGCCACAAUCUGUUGGGAGAAGAAGCUAUUAAACAGAGACAUCUUCAGUUACUUGGUUAUGAAGUUGUGCAGAUUCCAUUUUUUGAGAUAGAAAGUCUACAAAAUACCAGAAAAAUAGCAGAUUAUCUACACAAAAAAAUCUUUCCUUGUACAUAUGGACUCAGCAACUGACACUGGAGAAUACUACUGGAUAACAGGCUGACCUUCUAUACUACAAAGUGUGAAUUCUCUGCAUGGAAGAAAAACUAUUUUUUCUAAGUAACUCCACCUCAGAAAAUGUGAGCUUCUGAGUGUGAAACCUUCCAAUAUUUGGAAUACUUGACAUACAAAGAGUAAUAAAGAGCAUUGUAUUUUCUUAAGAUUUGUGUCAAUAUUUAUUACAAGUUCACAAAUAUAAGUGCCAGUCAGACAGUGCUUAUUUUCCCUUGUAUUUUUAACUGGUUCUAAUGCACAGCUGCAAACAGCCACGUGUGACUGUUGAAGGAUACUGGCCAGUAUGGAUGUACAGAAUACCUACUAAUCAAGGCUUUUCUUGAUAAUAUCAGAAGAAAUUGUGCAAUUUACUUACCACUGCUCACGUAAUUUCCCAAGUGUUUCAUAAAACUAAAAUUUGAAGCAGUUGCAGAAGCAGUAUUGGGUUAUUGGUUUUACAUAAGAGAUGUAGAGUGCUGUUCAAUAAACAGCAAUGCCUUACAGAAAAUGAAAAGAUUUUUAAUAAAAAGGAUUUGCUUUACUUUGUAAGGUAACAGCUGCCACAGGUUAUGGACUUGUACAAUUGUCUCUGUCUCUGUGGAGCCACCCAAUGUUCCAGAUAUAUUCUAUUUGUCAUUUUGCCUUUGGUGGUGGUUUUAGCUAAACUGUCUAAAUGGGUCAUGUAUGCACUCCCAAAUUCCUCUAGAUUACAGAAUCCCUAUGCUCUGAAGCUCAGAAGAACCAUGUCCCAUGGCAGCCCCUUUUUAUGUAUGAACAAAUUCUGGAACUGAGAACCAGUACCCACUUCAGCCAGAACAAGUGCCCUAACUUGGGUCAGUAUAUUGUUUUGCAGAUGAUGAAGGGAAAACAGGAGAGCUUUAGUUCUGAUUACGUCAUGUAUUCUCAAUGAACUGCCAUAUAACCAUUUUAUUGUUAGUUUAUGCUUCCUCUCUGGGUGGAAUUACUAUUUAUGAGUUGCAAAGCAGAAUUCCCAGCAUUACCUAGUUUGAUUUUCACUGUUGUUUUGAUACAAGAAAGGUGAAACUUUCACAUCAUUGACAUUCUGUAUAUUUCACCAGUAGAUAGAGAAUGUGGCCAGUUUUUCCUUCCAAUAAUUUGUGAGUUGCAGGUGUCUGUCAAUUGCCCCAACAAUCUCGGGAGAUUACUGGAUGUCUGUUUGUGUUAAUUUGUUGCAUGUAUGAAACUCUUCCUCACAGUAGUAUGCCAACACUGACAGGUGAGGGAGCACCAAAAGGUGCUUUCCAACGUGUAAUAGUAAGCUCAGAACAUCAAUAACAUAAGAAUUUGUCAUGCUAGCAAGUAAGAAAUUGAAGGAGACCUGAAAUGGCUUUGCAAAUGUUUAAAAGAACUUAUCACUAAUACCAAAGAAAUUGUCAGGGUCUUCUUUUGAGACUGAGCAUUGAAGGAAAAAGUGAACCAUUCAGAACUGAAUGAGAAACAAGUAGUGGGAAAGACCUUCAGAAGUGAGUAGGGUUGAGAAGGGUGUGACAUAAGCAAAGAAAUUAUUAAGGAAAACUCAAACUGGUGUUUUGAUGUUUGACUUCCUCCGAGGUGGGAGUGUUGCCUAUUUCUCACACAGGCCAGAAGGUGGUGGUAUUCUCAAACAAAUUUGAUUUUCAAUAGUUUUUCAAACACAGAUGGUUUGUAAAUAUAGUAAGGCUACUUCAAAAUAGCAAUUAUUUGUACUGACUGUCCCAAAGUAAAAAUAACCUGCUAAGAAUAUGGCCAUAUUUCAUUUCAUUCUUCACUGGUAUAACUUUGAUACUGAUUUUCGGAAAAGCAUUGUGGUAUUAGAAAACCUUUCCUCUCCCUUUGUUCUUCCUAUGAUUCCUUUCAUUUAAUGCUGCUGAAUUUGUUUAGUGAAGCAUUUAUUUUUGAAAAGGAAUGUAGCAUGUAAUGUCCUUUUGUCCAUAGCUCAUUGAGUGUAGAAGAACUGCAGGUCAUGAAUAAUGAAAGAAACAAACUCCUCUCAGAAUGGACUACUCUAUGUGCUCUCCUUCUCACAUCAUGCCAAACAAGUCCUAUUGAUUACCUAAUUUACUACUUUUUCAGGUCCCAGAUUUAGAAGGUUUUUGUAUGUCUUUUUUUUUUUUUUUCCCCACUAGGUGUCUCACUGUAUUUACAAAUGACACAGAUUUCCUGUGCCUAAAUACCUGACAAAACCAGUGUCAGCCACAGCUGUGAACUUCCAGUCCUUUUUCUGGUAUGAUCAUUCUGGCUGUUCCUUUCUGAACAAUACUGCCUCAGCCUUAAACAACAACAGGAUCAAUAGCUCUUGAGAACCAAACUGAUGCAUACUCUUUUGCAUACUCUUAUGCAUACUCUUAUACAUAUUUCAGCAGGAGAAACUGCUCCUGAAAUUGCCUUAAAAUUUUAUUACUAGAUUCUGUGAAAGUUCAAGACAUCAAAUGUUUCAUCAGAUUUAGACAUUUGUGCUAAACAUGGUUUUUAAAUGGCUACUGCUCAAAUCCUUAUGUUUUUUUCACCCUUUCUACCAAAUUAUUUAGUGCUUGUUCUGCUAAUAUUGCUCAGUCUUUUUACCCAUUUUUUUCAGAUUGGAUACCAAACCAAUGAUGGUUUUUCUUGUUAAAUCAGUCAAAUGCCAUUCCUAGAGUGGGUCAGUGAAAUGAAUGUCUGAAUUCAGCUAAAUCCAGAUUUUGUCUCUUCAAAUGCCAAGUCCUCAGAAGUUCCUUUUAACUGGAGUUCCACUUGAAGUCUAGUGAAACUGCUGAGCACAUAAACCCAUACAUUUUUGAAAAUUCUGAGCUGAAUAUCCAUUUCAGCUGUUGCAUACAAAAAACAACGUCUCACAAUUCUCUAGAAACUCUGUAAGGAUUGAAAAAGCUGUGACUACUGAUACCUUGAGGGACAAGCUUGUUUAAAAUGUUAGGUCUCUGAAUGGUUAUGUAGAUGCAGUGCCCAAAAUUGC